AUGACGACGAACAACCUCCCCAUCGGCUAUAAGGCAAACAUGCCUCAGGACUGCAUCAUUGCACCUGGAGUAUAUGACGGCGUCUCCGCCCAUGUCGCGAAUGCAGCUGGUUUCGAUGCACUGUAUCUAGCGAGCAGCGGCGCGUCUGGCUCCGUCAUUGGCGAGCCAGAUCUCUCUGUCAUAACUGGCGCUGAACUAGCAAAUACGGCGCGCAUGUUUGUUGGCAUCAGCACCGUGCCCAUCAUUGCAGACGCGGAUACCGGUUUCGGGGGGACCGCUCAACGUCGCCAGGACCAUCGCAUUUCUCACUUUACAUCACGCCGAACAGCGAAACGAUGCGGCCAGCUUUCUGGAAAGGAUGUAGUCGACAUGGAGACAUACCUGGAACGCAUUGUCGCGGCGGUGAAGGCGCGCCAGAAUCCCGACUUCGUCAUCAUCGCACGGACGGAUGCACGUAACGCUGCACAGUUUGGCGGUCCAAACGCAGGGGAGGAAGCAUUCCAGGAAGGUGUAAAAAGGUUAAAGGCAGCGCUCGCUGCAGGAGCAGACGUCGCGUUCAUGGAGAGUCCGCGGACGAUGGAAGAAGGCAAGAGACUUGUCCAAGCACUGGCGCCGCACCCUGUCAUGAUCAAUGUCCUUCCGAACGGCCUCACGGGUAAUUACAAGAUCGAGGACUGCAAGCGCUUGGGUUUUAAGAUUGCCAUAUACCCGUGUACAGGAUUCAUCCCGGCAACUAUCGCAAUGGAGAGACCUUAUGCUGCGCUUCGUGACACAGGCACGGACCUGAAGAACUGCGAGGAUUGGCAGAUCAAGGAUUUCUUUGAGCGCGUCGGCCUGAAGGCGUCGUUCAACUUCGACCGCGCUGUCGCCGAGACGACACGACAGGAUGUGAAUCCGAAGAAGUACGAGGAGAUCGAUCCCCACGAGUUUAUUAAAUUUAAACGGGAACAGGACUUAGAACCUCUCAUGGUUGUUCCCCACACAGCCGCGCAUGCGCGUCCAGGCUCGUCUUCCAUGCUUGUCAAUUUGCGACCGACGACGCUCCCCGUCGAGACUUGCGAGCGCAUUAUCGAUUGCUUCCACGACGCCUGGGUCGUAGCCGACCGUGAAGCCUUGCUAGCUUGUGCACUUACAUGCAAGGCAUGGCUAGCCAGAUGCCGGUUUCAUCUUCUGCGAAACGUCACAUUCACCGACCGGCCCCAGUUGGUCAGCUUCCUCCGUCUGCUCAAAGCCAACCCGCACGUCUCUCCCCUGGUGAAAGGCAUUCUGGUUGAUAAUCAGUGGGAGAUGCGGCGGCGGCACGCGCCAAGUCUGGCUACGUUUCCGCUGAUGCUGGCGCGGAGGCUGACAGCGGUCGCUCGCCUCCACAUCCAGUACUGUUCGUUCCGCGCAACCAUCAUCGAUGGCUGCUUUUGGAUGUGCCUUGCGGAGUUCGCGGCCCUCACCACGCUCUCGCUGUAUGAUGUGGAGUUCUCCUCUGUCCAUCAGUUCGGGCACCUCAUACUGGCUAUGCCCGCUCUCCGCAACCUGCAAUGUUGGGAUGUGGAGUGGCAAAGUCAUGGCCUUGACCACCGCCUGCUUCCUCCGCGUUUCUCUCCCUUGAAACUCACAUCCGUCAAGCUCGAACUGCGUACCUUGCGUGAUGCCGAAGAUCCGGAGGAUACGAACAAGGAGGUCGCGAAUCCGCAGGUCAUAGCAGUCAUGAGAGAUAUCGUCCAUCUAUUCGUCAUGGCAUCGGUCAGCGCGCACAUCGAAGAGCUGCACAUUGGAAACGAUGUUUCCAAAAGCUGGUUGUACCUCGCGGACGUCGGAACGUCUGCGGUGGGUGAGCUGCUCGAACACUGUGGUGAAUCUCUGCGCACCCUGUUCUUUUCCGUGGGCGCUGCAGACCUUAACGCGUUGUCUGCUACCUCUAUUGUCGGAUCGCACUUAAAUCUAGCCCGUAACGCGCAUCUUGAAGUACUAAGUCUAUGUAUCCCCAGCCUCGUGGACGAAGUCAGCUGCGCCUGGGUUGCCGCGUUACUUUCCACAAUCAUCUCGACGCACAUGAAGGACAUAGUGAUCACAUUGGAAACUUUCGACGCCGAGGACGAUGUCUUGGUCAAGGCGUCUGAACUAUUCAACGAAGAGACGUGCUCGGGAAUUGAUGCUAGUCUGUCCCAUCUUAAGCCUACGAAUUUCCACCGCCUCGAAUUAAAGCUGGAUGGUUACUCCGGAAUGGGCGAGGAUGACAGAAAGCGUUGGCAAGACGGCUUCAUGUCACGGUUUCCCAAGUUGCGUGCCCGAGGGGCUUUGUUGCUAUCCCUCAAAUUAUACGAUGUAGAGAGCGAUGGUGGGAGCCAAUCGGAGUCAGAUGUGGAAGGGACAGAGACAUCACAAAUAGAGGCGUUUUCACCGUGCUACCGUGCUCGGAUACACGAUGCAAAGCGACAUGGCACAAUAGAAGUUGUGUGGUUAGCCGAGCAUGCAUCGUUGAUCGGGAUGGUAUAUGUUUGUCGUCCGAAGCUGUAG